AGGAAAGCAGUCUUCGAGAGCAGUGGCGCCAGGGCUCGUUUGUGCACCACGUCGUCUUCUUCUCAUCGAUUAGUGUGUGACACCUACUACAACUCAUCAUAUUUCUGAAAGUUCAUUUGACCUAAUCAUUUGUUUCACUUUCUGUCUGAUCGUUUUAAUUGAUUAGUUUUUGGCGUUAUUAACUCUGACUGACAGUACUCUAAUCUUUCCAUGCACAAAAAUAUCAGUCCCACGUGCCAAGAAGGCAUUCGAGAAGCAUGCAUCACUUUGAAAAAUGCUUGUGAUCCCCAAGUACUUGACAAGGCUGCAAUCCGAAUGAGAGAGUACGAAAAUGAGUUCGGUCGAAUACUUUAUACAAUAUCAAUUUUAAUAAUGUUCUCAUUUGUCAUUAUUCUCCUAAUGGUACGAUCAAUUCGGAGAACACAAUCAACAGUUGAGAUGGAUUCGCUCCUUGAUGCUAUGCGAAUUCGAGAAGAAUUAGAAAUACAGGAACGUAAAAGAAGACGAUUGAUGAGAGCAAAAACCCAGGUGACUGCAUGGCUCGUGAACAAAAACAAAGAGAAAGGACCAGAAAAGCGAAAAGAUAGCGAAUGGAAGCCACUUCCAAAUGGAACAAGACCAAGAGGACAUUACAGCAUAUCAACAGUCACAUCAGACAUUCCGGAGAUUGUAGUAAGUGCUGACGACUGCAUACAUUCUGAUUUUCCAAAUCGUCCACAUACUCCUGCAAUCUCAAUGAUUUACGAUUUUGGAAUUGCGUCACCGGAUUUAAUAGAGCCCGAUAGCCGUAAGCCAUCAAUUUCCUCUUCAACAGCAAUUCCCAUGUCAUCUUCGUCAUCUUCAUCAAUGAAUUCAUUGAUUGAACCAAAUAUGAAUUCAAUAAAAUCAAAUCCUCGAACAUAUUCGCUUGACACAAACGCCUCCACGUCAUCGAGAACUCCUCGUGUUGAUUGUGACGAUAAAUCAUUUAGCUUAGACGUGUAAUUUUGUUCUCAUUUUUAUAUGCAUUACUUAUUUAUCUUCACCAUCUUCAUUAUUUUGUCCUGUGAUCGUCAAAUCGAUUCGAUUUUCAAUCAACUUGUCGUAUAUUUACACUGCUUAUGUACAUUGGAUGAUGACUAACAGUAAUUCUUUUUUUCUGGUUAAAAUUGAAAAAAAGAGAAAUGAAGUAUUUUAGAAACCGA